CUCUACUUCCGCUCGUCCGUUUCCAUUGUUUGACGGAGAAGCCUGUUCGGCGCCGUCACAGUCCGUUGUUGUCCGGAAAAGAAGGCUCAGUAGUCCGUAGUCAUCCCACGAAGAAGUCUGUCCAGAGCCGCAGUACAACAUGUCCAGCAAGAAGGCAAACUUAAUCCAUGAUCCGUCCACCAUAUAUUAUCUACAUCCGUCCGAAGGUCCUGGUAAUUCCCUAACGAAAUAUGUGCUUCGUAGUGAUAACUAUGAUGUUUGGGAGAAAGCAAUCAGUCAUGCUCUUGGUGGUCGUGGUAAAGCCAAGUUUUUGACGUCCACCAGAGUCCCUAAGCCAACGGAUGAAGCCAAGUUGCAAGCGUGGGAGUCGAAUCACUCCAUCAUCUGCAAUUGGAUCCGCAACAGUGUUGACGAAUCCAUACAGAGGAGUAUUAUUAAUCAUACGAAAGCAUAUGAACUGUGGGAUGAUUUGAAGAAGAGGUAUGGCGGGUUGAACGGACCACGUAUGUAUCAACUCAAGUGUGAACUGCAGGGUUUACGUCAAAAAGGUCAGAGUGUCGUGGCCUAUUACAACCAAUUUAUCACGCUAUGGAAUCAGCUUCAUGGCGGUGAAGACCCUACUGGAGGGUGUGUUUGUCCUGCCGCCGAAGUCACACGUGCCCGAGUCGAGCGUGAGAAGACAGUGGACUUCCUAUUAGGACUCGACGAUGAACAAUACGGACAUGCUCGUUCCCAAAUUAUUAGUGUUGAUCCGGUUCCUGACCUUGACAGGGCUUUCUAUAUCAUCACUCAAGAAGAACGGCAUCGUACUAUAGUCCGAUCACGCGAUGACCGUACAGACGGGGUUGCGUUCGCAGCUCGACGUCCUCCCAGUAAUCGGUCGUGUACUCACUGUGGUCAUACUAACCAUAGUGUGGAUACUUGUUUUGAGUUAAUUGGCUUCCCUGAACAUUAUGGCCGUGGGGGAGGACACAGUGGAACUCAGCGUGGUGGAGGUGGUCGCGUUGUUGGUGGCCGUGGCAGUGGCCGAGGGACUGCCAGGCCUGGCAGUGGGUCUCCUGGCCAUGGGUUUCUGCUCGGCAGUCAGCGUGCUCCAGCAGCAGGUGAAACAGCAGGUGCUCAUGCCGUCAACACAGAAUCCCAGGGUAAUCUCAGCGAUCAAAUGGCUAGGCUUAUGUCCUUACUUGAGGUCGUCUUCGUCUCAACAAUACAAUGGUAUGUCCUCUUCCUCUCUUGAGUGGUUGAUUGAUAGUGGGGCAUCUCACCAUAUGACUGGAGAUAAAAAUCAUUUAUUUGACGUCGUUGAUAUUUCUCCAUGUGGGAUUUGCUUACCCGAUGGAUCUCGGGUACAAGCCCGUCAACAAGGGAGAGUUCGACUUGCGCCUACAUUGGUGCUCUCAGAUGUAUUAUUGGUGAAAGGUAACCAUGCAAGGAUAGGCAGCGGAAUAUAAAAAUUUUAACAUCCUAACAUGAUUAUCUUGCCCAUAAUCACGUACUAAAACUUAUAGUAGUAAGAAAUUUGUACCUUUCUCCGUAAGCGGUAAAAAUGAAGAAGUCGUAGGAAGAGCGUUGAAAAUGCAAACGUAACCGUUCAAGCGUCCGGUCUCCAACUUUGACACACGAACAACGCCGGAGUCUACCACAAUCUUUAUGCUAGUAAAGAUUAUAGUAGUAUAAAAUAUAAAGAUUAAAAUUGGGAUAAUAAUAAUCUUGUAUAUUUCUAUAGAAAAUAUUUCUAAUAAUAUUUAGAAAAUAUUAUAGAUAUUUUCUAUACACAAAAUGAUAUUAAUGGAACAC